AUGCUGAUUAGAGACUGCAACAUCUUCGGAUCUGAGGAAGGACCAGAGCUUGGAUCCCAGUGGACCUUGGUAUUUGAUGGAUCUUCUAAUGCUCAUGGCAAUGCCAUUGGGGCAGUCAUCACCUCCCCCACUGGUUUCCAUUUACCCUUCACCGCAAUGUUAUGUUUUGAAUGUACCAACAAUAUAGUGGGAUACGAAGCAUGUAUCUUUGGCAUUGAAGUUGCUAUUGAUCUUGGGAUCAAAAUUCUUGAAGUAUACGGAGAUUCAACAUUGGUUAUCAGCCAAGUCAAAGGAGAUUGGGAAGCUCAAGAUCACAAGCUCAUUCCUUACAAGGAGCGUGUCCUAACACCGAUCCCAUACUUUGACGAGAUUACAUUCAACCACAUUCCUAUAGAGGAAAACCAGCUAGUCGAUUCCUUGGCAACUUUGUCAUCCAUGUUUAAGGUCAAAUGGAAAAAUGAAGCACCAACUUUCCAUCUCGACUACUUGGACGAGUCUGCCAACUGUCUGGCAUCAGAAGACGAAGCUGACGAUCAUCCUUUGUUCUACGACAUCACAAGAUUCUUAGAGAACCAAGAGUAUCAUGUGGAUGCAUCAAUCAUCGAUAAGAAGUAUCUUCAGAAGCUAUCAUCCAAGUUCUUCUGA